UCGGCUCCUUCCCUGUUUGUCUUCAGUCUGUGUGACAUCUCUUUAUUACUGCUGAAUGCAGCCUGAGCUACAGAGACAGCCCUGUUUGGAUUAGGUGGGGUUGGCAGCGCCGUUUUUAAUAAAUUACAGAUUUGUGUAAGUUCAGUGUCAGAAGCGCUUCAAGAGAGCUGAUAUCAGGACUGGAAGUGAGAUUUGUGAGCCGAUUCUGCCAUAUAAAGGUAUCUUCAGCCUUGCUGAAACUAAAAGGACGAACACAACUUCUUUAUACUACAGUCACUGGAAGAAGUGAUGGCUUUUCUGCGGUCUGGAGCACAGGGUUUGUCUCCUGUAAGUCUGUGCUGCGUGACACUGGCUGUUUUGCUGUGUUGUGGAGCUCAUACCGAGGCUUCAGUGCUCAACCUGCGGCGUUUCAUCGGCUGUGCAGUCCGAGAAUUCACCUUUCUGGCGCGUAAACCUGGAUGCGGAGGUCUGCACAUCACCACUGACGCCUGCUGGGGGCGCUGCGAGACCUGGCAAAAGCCUGUGCUGGAGCCGCCGUUCAUCGAGUCUCACCAGCGCGUCUGCACCUAUAACGAGACUCGACAGGAGACGGUGCUGCUGCCCAACUGCACCGCUGGCGUGGACCCGUCCUACAGCUUCCCAGUGGCCCUGCGAUGUGACUGCGGCCUUUGUCUCACCAGCACCACUGAAUGUAUAACUUCAGUCUGACCAUGUGCAAGAGAAACCAGACCGCCCUCUUGUCAUGACCGUUGUAAAACUGCAUGAAUAAAGUCAAUCAGUAUAUCAA